AUGGGGGGAGGGCGGCUGGAGGAGGGGGCGUCGAUGUUUGAUGUUGCCCUCCUGUUGCACGCAUCAGACGCCGACCCCGGCGCCGGCGGCGGCAGUCCCGGCGGCCAUGCCGGCGGCGGCAGCGGCGGCGGCCUGGGGCGGCUGGUGCAGUCGCUGUCCAGCGCGAGUCGCCGCAGCCACGCGCUCGCGGCGGCGCUGUUUGAGCGGCUGUACCACCUGCGGCCGCGCGCCGCCCGUGCGCAGCGCGGGCCAGCGCGGGGCGCGCCGCGCGCCGCGGCGGAGCUGGCCGGCUCGCCGGGCGUAGCGGGAGACAAGGAACUAGAGUCGGAUGACGAGCGGCCCUCGGAUGACUGCGGCGGCGGCGGCGGCGGCGGCGGCGGCAGCCCUCGGCAGCCGCCGGCGGCCGGCAUCGUGCGGCGCUCGGUCGCGUUCGAGGGCCACACGCUCAUCUGCGGCGCCUCCACGCCGCCCGAGGCGCUGCUGCCGCUGCUCGCGCCGCUGCGCAGCGCGGCGCUGCCGCGGGGCGCGCUCGCGCCGGUCGUAGUCAUCGAUGAGUCAUCACCGGAGGGGCCCCUCUGGGACCAGAUCGCGCGGUUCGAGGGGGUCUACUUCGUCCAAGGGUCCGCGUCGCGGCCGGAGACGCUGCGGCGCGCGAAUGCGGAGCGGGCGGCGAAGGCUGCCGUGCUCGCGCCGUGGUUUGACGUCGGCGGCAGGGGCGGGGGCGAGGCAGGGGCAGGGGACGAGGGCGGCGGCGGGUGGCGGGACGCGCUGGCGGACGCGGAAGUUGUGGGGGUGGUGCGGCGGCUCAAGGCGCUGAACGGUCCAGAGGCACCUGCGCCCCGGCCGCGGGUUGCCAAGCGGGGCGUGGUCGCCCAGCCCCUCGCCCGGCGCGCCGGCCCCAUCUGCCGGCGCGCGGAGCGAUGGAGGUCGUAUGCGAGCUCCUCCAGCCCCAAAGCGUCCCCCACCUCAGCCCCCUAG